AUCACUAAGAAACCAGAGGCAGAGAUAUUGCAGCAAUUCUUUACAAUCGCACCUCCUUCAUCUACUUCGGGCACACCAGGCACAGGCACAUCGAUCAAAGCAUCCAAAAAGACGGAGAGCACCAACGCUAGAUCUGCUUCUGCUGGAGAGGCACAGCCGAUUGUGGAGAUGGCAGGUCAAGUCCAACAUGCUACAACAGAAGGUCGCGAUCCUGUUCGUUUAGAAACUGCGACAAGUGUCGUACCUCCAACUACUAGAAAGCAAGCAGAGACGAGGAUAUUGAACGAUGCUGAAAAAAUCGAAGAGAAGAAAGCCCAAGUUGAUGUAGAUGAGCAGAACCUUCGAGGAUCACAGACGACUGCCAAGAAUCAGCCAACUACUACGCCAUCAUCCAGUGCUGCGGAAGGAGCAUUGUCUACUACUACAAGUAGCGCAGCUACACUUCCACAACAAUGUGGUGGUGCCUCCUCGUCUUCCAAAAAAGUUCUUGGUUUUGGACGACAGUCCGAGAUUGAAACAGUGAAAAAGGCAGUCCUUCGCAACGAGGAACUUCUGCAGAGAGAAGGAGCGACUAGCAUCGAUGCGCCCUCGAAUCGAGAGGUUAAUCUGGGGAGGAAGCCGGUGGAUGGUAGAAGUAAAGAAACAUUUUGA